CAGUAUUGCUGCAAAAUGUUGUUCGACUCGUUGACAAGUCAGCUGCUGGUACUGCUCGCUCUGCUGGUAGCGACCAUAGGUCCCCUACCAAGCGCGGGCUUAAAAGAAAGGGUUCCACUCACUUGGCAGCAAAGACAGUACUACCAGUCGAGCUGGAAGCAGCGCAUAAGAUUUACCACUACACCGGAGCCUGGUUCAACGCCGGAACCGGAGGAGCUGCGUAAGGUUUAUCCCUGCUACUGCUACAAGCCUCCGCAGCCAGGGGAAUCCACAACCGAGGGCUAUGAAAAGUACAUGACUGAGAGCAAAGAUAUAUUUAUAUUAAAUAAAUAAAUACAAAGCUCCAAAUAUUAAGCACAAGA